AUGAACACUUCACAGAGCAUACCGGAAAACACUGCGAGAGUAAGCAGUGCAGGCAAUUCUCGCCUUGGAACCUAUAACCAAAUCGCCUCUAGAACUCCUAGAAAGCAGCAGCAGAUGCACGCCAAAGUUGUGCCUGAAUCUCAGAGUGAGAUUCAUCGAGACGACGGCAUCCAGAGCGUGUCUCGCACUGGCAAGACUGGGUACACCGCCACAGAACUUCCCACCAGCAGCGCCACACCCACGCCUACGCCACACCGCUACGGUUUGCGCGCGCGAAGAGCAUCUCGAGGCUCGUUUUCGACUCCCUCGCGUUGUCGUCGCACGGCUUCUCAGCAACACACCCAGCAUCUCUCGACGCCCACCAAGACGAGCGGCAGCGGCGCAGCGGCAAUUCGCACGGGCUCUCCGCUCAGCUACCACAUCGACCACUAG